AUGGAUAGACAGUUGUGGGAGUUGGUAAACAACUUCUUCCUCAAAGCAUCGCUGCUGGUGUGCCAGUCGAGACAUUACAAGGGCCGUCCAGCAUCGGAAAACACCACAAACACAAACAAUUGGUUCAACAUCGAAACGCUAGGAAAUGCAGAACUGGAACGCGAAAUGGGGCCCUGGACGUCGUUUGACGGGUCCAGGCCCGUGCCACCGUUGGUGAUAGAGACGUAUCUAGAUUUAACGCAUCUGAGCGCGUCGCAAUCAAUCAUUUUGAGGGACCAGGACGGCAACCCUUGGAACGUGUGCAAGGGCACCAAAAAAUCGGAAAUCAUGCUGGAACGGUGGCUCAUACAGCUUGAAAGCAAUCCAGACGCUGCUAACGCCACUCGUGGCGCGGGCCUCGAGCCCUACACCGAUAUCCAGGAGAUCUACCGGCAGCUGAUCUUGUUGUUUCGAUACCUGUACACUUUAGUGGGCCUACUGCCGGCAAACGACCUGAAUAUCCGACUUUUUAAGCCCGUCACCACGUCAGGGAUGACAUCCCCCGUGCACGUCGGCUCGCGAAUUCUAGAUGGCACCAAACCUAUUGUUUCAAAGGGUAGAAUAGGGCUUAGCAAGCCUCUCAUUGCCACCUAUUCCAACGUCAUCAACGAAACUAAUCUGCCUGCACAUUUGGAGCAGCGCAAAAUUACACCCAUUUUAACCAAAUACGGCUCAUUGAGAAUUUCUGUGUCGUACAGGCGCGAUACAGACUUUCAAGUUAACGACAACGAAGAAUACUAUGCAAAUGAAUUUGGGAAUGCAGGUUCGGUUCCACGUCCAGUGCGUGCCUCUGUGCCUGCGGCUACCAAUUCUUCGCUAAGGAGAGUCUCGAUGAGCAGCCAGCGGUCAAUGUCCGUUUCGCCUAAUACUAAUAUAAGUCCUAACCUGUUGGACCAUUCACCACAAAAGCGAAUGACAGCACCCACGCGUCAAUUCCAGCCGUUUAAAGUGGGCUCAAUCGGUAGCGGCUCCAUUCCACAAGUGAUUCAGGGUAAUAAUAUCAGUAGAAACCCCUCUGGCACCUCCGUCGUGGCCGCACUGAGGGCUCAAAGAUCUAGCAACGGCUCCAUCACAACGGCUUCAAAUCCAUUACACGAAUCGCAUUUAGAGCCUUCAAGCAUAGGAAGUGGCAGCCUUUCCAAAUAUUCCUCCUCUUUCGGUCGUUUACGCCGUCACUCCAGUGUAAGAAGGUCUGACAGCGUAGAAAGAACACAAAAGCCUGUUAAAUUGAACGAUUCACCAUCUGGAGAUCUGUUAGAGUUCAUGAAACUCUUGGACGAACGAAAGGAGCUGAAAACCAAAAACAACGACAAGACUACCAAAGUUGAUAUGACAAGUUCACUCCUGAAAUUUCAAGGCAUGAGAAAUACAAAUAAUAACCUGAGCACUGACCUCUCGAUGUCAAUGUCAUUGGAACGGCCGCCGGUCGGCCGACAGAGAACUAGAUCAAGAUCUAACUCACAUUCGCCAAAUUCAUCAUUUUCACCAUCCAUACAAUAUUCUUCUAUUCCGAUGAGGCUGUCUCAAAGCCGCUCCAACUCGUAUAGGAAAGACCUUCUCGAUGAAUACUCUAGUGGGAGAGGCUCUACGGAUAAGCCGAGAUCACUGAUUAGUAACCUCAACGAGAGCUUGAGCGAUGCCCAUAAAUCAUCAAUCCGCGACAGUGCUAUUGAGGACGAAGAUGAGGAAGACGAUCUAUUGAUCGGGCGGUCCACUUACAACCAUCAACUACCCUCUGGUAGGAAUCGCUCAACAUCCCCUGGCUCGAUGCGCAGCGUUUCAAGCUCUUACAGCAGGAAUCAGCUGCCGUUCAAAUCUGUGGUAAAUUUUUCCGGUCCCACAACCAUGGCUACACCAGCACAUGCAAAGUUGCACAAAGCCAUUGUUGCAACAUCCCCGGAAUCUCAUGGCACCGAUGUUGAGCCCAAAAAAGAUGACGAAUUGAACCACGCAGACGAAGAUGACGAACUGCUAUUCUUUAUGAGUGACAUGAACCUUUCAAAGUGA